AAUGCUAUUGGCUGUUACCUGGCUCGGCCAAAGUACAUCCAGAAUGUCUUCUCUCGCCAUUCAGUGCAUUUGGUAUUUUGGCUGAAAGGAAACAAGCAGAACUCGACUUCCAGGGCAAAGAUGGAGCCGCAAGAUCCAGUCAAGAGGGAAGGGAGGCUGACAGCCGUGAUUGUUCUGGCGACGCUGAUAGCUGCCUUUGGGUCGUCCUUCCAGUAUGGGUACAACGUGGCUACUAUUAACUCUCCUUCUGAGUUCAUGAAAGACUUCUACAACUAUACCUACUAUGACAGAGUCGGUGAAUACAUGAACGAGUUCUACUUGACCUUGCUGUGGUCGGUUACUGUGUCCAUGUUUCCCUUCGGAGGCUUCCUCGGCUCUCUCAUGGUCGGCCCCUUGGUGAAUAACCUAGGCAGAAAAGGAACCUUGCUGUUCAACAACAUCUUCUCCAUCGUGCCUGCGCUCUUAAUGGGAUUCAGUGACCUCGCCAAGUCAUUUGAGAUGAUAAUUGUGGCCAGGGUCUUGGUGGGAAUAUGUGCAGGUAAACCAUUCUGUGACUUGGGAUAGUCAAGGGGAGG